AUGUCGGGAGAGGCGUGGCUAUACCUUUUCGCCGUCAUUAUCAAUGCGGUCAACCUGUUUCUCCAAGUCUUCUUCACCAUCAUGUACAGCGACUUGGAAUGCGACUACAUCAACCCGAUCGACCUCUGCAACCGCCUCAAUACGUACAUCAUCCCUGAAGUCGCCGUCCACGGAUUCCUGACCUUCCUGUUCCUUAUCAACGGAUACUGGGUGCCUCUGUUUUUGAACCUGCCCCUGCUCGGAUGGAACGUCAAGAAGAUUGUCGACAACACCCAUCUCCUCGACGCCACUGAGAUCUUCCGCAAGCUCAACGUGCACAAGAAGGAAUCGUUUACCAAGCUCGGCUUCCAUCUCGUCCUCUUCUUCUUCUACCUGUACAGCAUGAUCGUUGCCCUCAUCAAGGACGAGGCUCACUAG